CCGAGCCUCGCCUACGGCCUCUCCCUCCGCCUCCUCCCCGCCCCGAGCCCCAGUCCGCCCGUCCUUCCUUCCCCUCCCGUGCAUGAUGGAAACACCAUGGCUGCGGCAGCCCAGCUCUCCCUGACACAGGUCAGAGGAGCUGUCUCAGGACCCCCAAAGAAAAAGUUAUCAAGUGGGAAUCCUGUAUAUGAAAAAUACUAUAGACAGGUUGAUACAGGCAAUACUGGAAGGGUGUUGGCUUCAGAUGCUGCUGCUUUUCUGAAAAAGUCAGGGCUUCCAGACUUGAUACUUGGAAAGAUUUGGGAUUUAGCUGACACAGAUGGCAAAGGCAUCCUGAACAAACAAGAAUUCUUUGUGGCUUUGCGUCUUGUAGCAUGUGCCCAGAAUGGAUUGGAGGUUUCACUGAAUAGCUUGAACUUGGCUGUUCCUCCACCAAGAUUUGUAAGAAAUGAUUUUAGAUGUAAAUUGUAUCUAAUUAUUAAAAAGUGCGAUCACCAGCUUCAGGUUUGGGAAUUGAGUGAUAUUGACCAUGAUGGAAAGCUUGACAGAGAUGAGUUUGCAGUUGCCAUGUUUUUGGUAUAUUCUGCAUUGGAGAAGGAACCUGUGCCAAUGGCCUUGCCUCCAGCCUUGGUGCCACCUUCUAAGAGAAAAACGUGGGUUGUAUCCCCUGCAGAAAAAGCUAAGUAUGAUGAAAUCUUCCUGAAAACUGAUAAAGAUAUGGAUGGAUUUGUAUCAGGAUUGGAGGCCCGUGAAAUUUUCCUGAAAACAGGCUUACCGUCUACCUUACUGGCCCAUAUUUGGGCAUUAUGUGACACAAAGAACUGUGGGAAACUUUCAAAGGAUCAGUUUGCCUUGGCUUUCUACUUAAUCAAUCAAAAGUUAGUAAAGGGCAUUGAUCCUCCUCAYAUUCUUAAUCCUGAGAUGAUUCCACCAUCAGACAGGACCAGUUUGCAAAAGAACAUCAUAGGAUCAAGUCCUAUUGCCGAUUUCUCUGCUAUUAAGGAGCUAGAUACACUUAACAAUGAAAUAGUUGACCUGCAGAGGGAAAAGAAUAAUGUGGAACAGGACCUUAAGGAAAAAGAAGAUACUAUUAAACAGAGGACAAGUGAGGUUCAGGAUCUUCAAGAUGAAGUUCAAAGGGAAAAUGUUAAUCUACAAAAACUACAGGCUCAAAAGCAGCAAGUACAGGAACUCCUUGAUGAACUGGAUGAGCAGAAAGCACAGUUGGAGGAGCAACUCAAGGAAGUCAGAAAGAAAUGUGCUGAGGAGGCCCAGCUGAUCUCUUCUCUAAAAGCAGAAAUAACUAAUCAGGAAUCACAGAUCUCCACUUAUGAAGAAGAAUUGGCCAAAGCUAGAGAAGAGCUAAGUCGCCUGCAACAAGAAACAGCAGAAUUGGAGGAGAGUGUGGAGUCAGGGAAGGCUCAGCUGGAACCUCUUCAACAGCACCUACAAGAUUCACAGCAGGAGAUCAGUUCAAUGCAAAUGAGACUCAUGGAAAUGAAAGAGCUGGAGAAUCAUAAUAAUCAGUCAAAUUGGUGCAGUAGUCCACACAGCAUUCUUGUAAAUGGUGCUACAGGUUAUUGCAGCCUCAGUACGAGCAGCAGUGAAACAGCCAACCUUAAUGAACAGGUUGAAGGCCAGAACAACCUGGAGUCCGAGCCCAUACAUCCGGAGUCUCCAGCAAGAAGUAGUCCUGAAAUAUCACCUGAUGUGAUUGAUGAAAAUGAAGUGGUAACUGCAUCUGUUAAUGAGAAAGUUUGUCCUGAAUUUGACAAUGACAAACAUGCAAAAGAGGAAGAUCCAUUUAAAUCAGAAUCAAGUUCACUGACAGGUCCAGUUGCAGAUACAAACUUGGAUUUUUUCCAAUCUGAUCCUUUUGUUGGCAGUGAUCCUUUCAAGGAUGAUCCUUUUGGGAAAAUUGAUCCAUUUGGUGGUGAUCCUUUCAAAGGUUCAGAUCCAUUUGCAUCUGACUCUUUCUUCAAGCAAUCUUCUACUGAUCCUUUUGCCACUUUAAGUAAUGACCCUUUUAGUGCAUCCAGCCAGAGCAAUAAUACAUCAGUAGAAACAUUGAAGCACAAUGAUCCUUUUGCUCCUGGUGGGACAAUUGUUAUUGCAGCAAAUGAUUCAGCCACAGACCCCUUUGCUUCUGUUUUUGGAAAUGAAUCAUUUGAAGAUGGAUUUGCUGACUUCAGCACAUUGUCAAAGGCGAACAAUGAAGAUCCUUUUAAUUCAGCCACAUCAAGCUCUGUCAACAAUGUGGUCACUCCAAAAAAUGUGUUCGAUGAAACAUCCAUCAAGAGUGAAGAUGUACCCCCAGCACUGCCACCUAAGACGGGAACUCCAACAAGACCCUGCCCACCACCACCUGGGAAAAGACCCAUCAACAAAUUGGAUUCUUCUGAUCCCUUUAAAGUGAAUGAUCCAUUUCAGCCUUUCCCAGGCAAUGAUAGCCCCAAAGAAAAAGAUCCUGAUAUGUAUUGUGAUCCAUUCACUUCUUCUUCUACUUCCACUACCAAUAAAGAGGCUGACCCAAGCAAUUUUGCUAACUUCAGUGCUUUUCUCCCAUGCCCAAUGAUGUUCGAGGUCCUCUCUGGUUCUGGAUGGGAGUGUGCUGCUCUGGGACCCCACUCCCGGGGUACCGACGCCCUCACCAAGCAGGGAGGUGCCGGCCAGGUCUGGGAGGAGCUGCCGGGCCCGCCCCGCGCGCCGGGUCCUGGAGCUGCCGCUGGAGCCGCGGCUGCUGUCGCCCACACCGCCACCUGGAGGGGCCGCCCGCGCCCUCCUCAGAGCCUGGCCCGCGCCCAUGGCCUUUCUGACCGCCUGGAGGGGGCCGGCUUCCGGGAAAAGAGACCGCAGGUACCGGGCGGGGGCGGGGACUCGGUGGGAGGCGCAGAGGGGACCGACAGGCCGCUAGGGGACACCGCCGACGGGAGGGACAGCCGAGGGGGCACAGAGGGAGACGACAGCGCACAGGCUGCUGGGCACGGGGUUAAUGGCCACAAGGGCAGCCYCGCACCUCCCCCAGCUCCAGGUGCUCCCAGCUCCAGCACAGCAGGACUGGGUCUGGGGCCUAGGGAUUCAGUCUCACCUGACUCCUGCUGCCAGUGCCACAACCUGUAG